UGGCUAGUGUAACCAUUGCGAUGACCCAACCAAAUCGCGUCGCAACAUGUCGUUUGGAUCGCCUCUGCCUCUCCAGCAAUGUCCUCACAGCAGUGGUGGCAGCGAGUUUUGGUCGUCGAGGCUCCGCAGUGCUCAUGGAAAAUUCUGGAAAAGUUAUCAUCACGAGAGACGGUUGCGAAAUCCUUUCGUCUUUGCGUCUUGAGGACUCUGUGCUCAGUUUCGCUGUGUCAGGCAUCUUGCAAUUUGCCAAGCAGAGAGGAGAUGGUUCCAAAACAGGUCUCGUGCUACUCAACAAUGCUAUUAAUGUUACGAACGAUAUAUUUUUUUCCACUGGCAUGCGUGAGAUGUCAGCAGAGACUUCGUUUGCUCGAUGUUCUACACUCAAAGUCGUUCGGCGUUUGCGUCAGCAUUUGCUGCCACGACUAAGCCAGCUUGCUGUAAGGCGAUACUGUUCUAUUAUAUCGCCUAAGGAUGAAAAUUGGUCUAGAAUAAUCGAUGCAUCUCUCAUCUCUUUCUUGGAGACACGUUUUCCAAAGUAUUUGGCCGGCAAAUUGGCAGCUAUUCUUAGUGAAUUUCUACAAGUUAAUUCUAAGUGCCACUCACUACAAGAAAUAGUCUUAUUCGCUUUAAAUAAUAUCCAAAAUAUAAUAUUUCAGGUAUACAAGUGUCCAUUCAGAAUGUCACGAGUAACAAAAGGUUUCAUUAUAUCGCGAGACUUUAAAAUAGAGCUCAAAAAAAGUGACAACUGCGUCAGAAAAGUACUUUUUUGGUCACUUCCCCUAGAACAAUCAACGGAUUCUUUCUCGUCUUUUCUAACCAUCGACACGAGCGACAAAAAUACCUUCAUGAGGAGCAUUUUCCACAGUUCUUUCGGAAUGCAGAAGCUGAUGGAGGAAUUUCAGAAUCAGAAAAUCGAGCUAAUUGUAUCAUCCUUACACUUCCCUGACUGGGCAGUGGCCGCUUGCAAGCAACACGAGAUAGCACUUGUGGAUUUCGUUUCUGACGAAGAGUUCAGUUUUCUCGUGCAGCACCUGAAAGUUUCGCCUCUUGUAUGUAAAACUGAGAUAUUUGAUCACGCCAGUCAAUGUGAAGUGGAGGUUAAUGCCAUUUAUCUUGGCUCUUCGAGGUUCGUUCAUUUCACUUGCCACAGUUCGCAGAUGAUCAUUUCUGGUCCUACGGUUACGCAGUGCAAUCAGUUUUCUAAAGCGCUGACUGCAUGCCUGAAAAUGCUCCGGAAUUGGCUUGAAGACUCCAAGAACUUUCUAUUGGAACAGAAAAUAAUCAAUAAUGAUGAGAGUUUAGCAGAUUUUCCAAUCAAAGAUAAUUGCAUUGAAAAUGACUUACGCGGUACUUUGGUGUGGUCCCCGAGUGAUGGAUUUAUUCAGUGUGCCAUGCUUCUGGUCAUUGAAAAAUAUCCUUGCCUAAUGAAAUUAGGUCCUGAGGAGAGAAAGCUUUUGAUUUCCAUGCUCGCAGAAGUCCCGCAAAUAUUGAAUGGGAUGUUAGUUGCAAAGACACGAUUUAGCCUCUUGAAGCACUUGCAUGAAACUUUCAAGGAGAUCGAGCAAGAUCACGACAAUGGGCGGUUGAAGGAGCGUGCAAUUGCCGAGUGUCGGAUUGAAAAUCCGCUGAAUUUCAUUGAAAUUGCUCACAACGCAAUGCUGCGUUUGGAAUCCAUAUUGAGGAUAGAAAGCGUUGUGCAUGUCAAGCAUCGAAGCACAAAAGUUAAUUAAACUUUUCGGAUGUCGUAUGUUUAGCGCAAGGUACGGAUACCUGAAUGUGGUUGCGAAACUUAGUUAACGACUUCGAAUAAAUCUGUUAGAUUUAAUUCUAUGAGUAGUGUCGACAACUUACCUGACGACCUCCUUAU